UUUUUUUCGUUGCAACUUGUAUAAUUUAAAUUUGACCUUGCAUUUUGUGGAGUAAUUUAUCACAUAUUAAUCUAGUUUUUUGAUUUUUUUUAAUUUUUCCAUAACCAUUUGGAUGAUAUACAAACAACGAGGGAAUGUUCACUUGAGAGUUAAAAAUAAUUUCCCCAUAUCCAAUAGUCCAUAAGUGCAAAACUGAGAACUGAUCUUCACACGAAAAUCUGAAACUCUCACUGGAGUAGUAGACAAAUAACACAGUCCGGUGCUCCAGCAUAAGUGAUGAUCACAUCCAAGCUGCCAUGGCCAAUUGCCAUCUUCCAAAGUAACUUCAGCCAUGGAAAGCAAGCAUGGAGCAUGCACCCAAGUCAAAACCCUGCAUAGCACUCCAUCCUCCAAAAGGUCUGCAAAACUCCUCCCUAAAGACUUGUACAUUCCCUGAUUUUCCCUCAUCAUCCCAUCUCGUUUGUUCUUCACUCUGUGUAUUAUGCAUCAGUCCAUGCAUUCAUGCUGCAUGAUCGGCUAGCUAGCUCUGCUCGCGCGUCUACGUGAUGGCACUGAUCAGCUCGCUGCAGAGGCCAAGGAAGCCGAGGUGCCCUUCCCACCCAAUGCUCUCCCUCUCCCCAUCCCUCGUCUGCCUCCUCGUCCUCCUCCCCUUCCUCUCCCUGCUCCUCCUCCACCGCUCCGCCUUCCCGGCUUCACGUUCUCCGCUCCUCGCCCACCUCACCGCGUCCUCCUCCUCGCGCUCCUCGGCGAGCGGCUUCGCCGGCGGCGACCUACGUGAGAUCGAGUUCUCGUGGAACCACCUGCCGUUCAGGCAGUCCAGGCCGCCGCCGGCGAGGCUCAAGAUCGCCGUGUUCUCGCGGAAGUGGCCCGUGGCCUCGGCGCCCGGCGGCAUGGAGCGGCACGCGCACACGCUGCACACGGCGCUCGCGGCGCGCGGGCACCGCGUCCACGUGUUCACCUCCCCGCCGCCGCACACCGAGGCCGCGCCCCCGCGCUCCGCCGACGGGCCGCAGCUCCACUUCCUCGACGGCGACCCCGGGGUGUGGCGCUGCGACGAGGCGUGGAAGCUGUACGAGGCCGAGGCCGAGAACGACCCGUUCGACGUCAUACACUCGGAGAGCGUGGCCGUGUUCCACCGCUGGGCGCGCGGCGUGCCCAACCUGGUCGUGUCGUGGCACGGCAUCUCCCUGGAGGCGCUCCACUCGGGGAUAUACCAGGACCUCGCCCGCGGCGACGACGAGCGCAUGUCGCCGGCGUUCAACCACAGCCUGGCACAGUCGGUGUACCGGGUGCUGUCCGAGGUGCGCUUCUUCCGGAGCUACGCGCACCACGUGGCCAUCAGCGACGCCACGGGGGAGAUGCUGCGCGACGUGUACCAGAUCCCCAGCCGCCGCGUGCACGUCAUCCUCAACGGCGUCGACGAGGCGCAGUUCGAGCCGGACGCGGCGCUGGGCCGCGCGUUCCGGGAGGACCUCGGGCUGCCCAAGGGCGCCGACCUGGUGUUCGGCGUCUCCGGCCGGCUGGUCAAGGACAAGGGCCACCCGCUGCUGUACGAGGCCUUCUCCAAGCUCGUGCUGCGCCACCCCAACGUGUACCUCCUCGUCGCCGGCAAGGGGCCGUGGGAGCAGCGGUACAUGGACCUGGGCCGCAACGCCAAGGUGCUCGGCGCCGUGCCGCCGGAGAAGCUCAAGGCGUUCUACAACGCGCUGGACGUGUUCGUGGACCCGACGCUGCGGCCGCAGGGCCUGGACCUGACGCUCAUGGAGGCCAUGCAGUGCGGCAAGCCGGUGCUCGCCACGAGGUUCCCCAGCAUCAAGGGCAGCAUCGUCGUCGACGACGAGUUCGGGUACAUGUUCGCGCCCAACGUGGAGUCGCUGCUCGAGAAGCUGGAGGCCGUGGUGGAAGAGGGCGCCCGCCGCGCCGCGCAGCGCGGCCGCGCGUGCCGCGACUACGCCAAGACCAUGUUCGCCGCCACCAAGAUGGCGCUCGCGUACGAGAGGCUCUUCCUCUGUGUCAAGAACGACACUUUCUGUGCCUACCCAGCUGAGUUCGAUUAGUUCGUUAAUUUUGAUCAGCGUACGUGUGUUUAUUUCAUUGAAUACUCUAUUUAAUAAUCACAGAAAUUAAACUAUAUUAAUCUUCGUAUUUAUACUCUGUAUUUGGACCUCAUAUAAAUAUCCACAAAGUAC